GAGGAAGAGGCUCCGGAGCGGGGAGAGGGGUCCCGGCCACCACCCCCACCCCCGUUACUCUCCCGGGUCUGUAGUGAGGGGCCGGUACGAGUGGGUGGUCCUGGGUCCCGAGUUCUCCUGCCAGGGUGUGGAGGACACCGAGGCCCAGGCAGGGGUGCUCGCCCCCCCUGCUCCAUCUUGUUGCCGCUCGAAGAUUUGGGAUGCUGAAAGCUGCUUGGCCCUUUGCUGCCAGUGUGUGGUCGGACCUAAAGCGAUUUCUGUACAAGAAGUUACCGAGUGUUGAAGGGCUCCAUGCUAUUGUUGUGUCAGAUAGAGAUGGAGUACCUGUUAUUAAAGUGGCCAAUGACAAUGCUCCAGAGCAUGCUUUGAGACCUGGAUUCUUAUCUACAUUUGCCCUAGCAACAGACCAGGGGAGCAAGCUUGGACUUUCAAAAAAUAAAAGCAUCAUCUGUUACUAUAACACCUAUCAGGUGGUUCAGUUCAAUCGUUUACCUCUGGUGGUGAGUUUUAUAGCCAGCAGCAAUGCCAACACAGGACUAAUUGUCAGCCUGGAAAAGGAACUUGCUCCAUUAUUUGAAGAAUUGAUAAAAGUUGUGGAAGUGUCGUAGUUUGUCAGUGGUCUGGUCUUGUCUUCAUUAUAACAACCAAUUCCAGUCCAGCAAUCUUUAGACCACAGUAAUGCUUUCACCUAUGUACUCAAGAAUGGGCCGCUGUCCACUUUACACUAAAGAAGAGCCUGUCGACACGAUUGUAGAGAGAUGAGUUGUUAUACUCUCUGUGUAAGGACCCUUCUUUAGCGAGGUCUGCAAAUGCCAUAAUAGUCCUGUCUGUUACAGCUCCCAUGGAGGCCCCUGGCAGGACUGGGAUUGCAUCCAGUGGGUCACAGUCAAAGCAGUAUGUUGACCCACGGGAGCCGUGAUCCUGCUGUACAGUGCUCUUAGCUCAGAAAGAAUUCCGCAAACCCUUGUGAUUGUGAAUAAUGAGAACCUGUUUUUCUUCAGAUUGUUUUAUUUCUUGCAUUGAGUAUGAGGAAUAUAAAAUGAUUUAGUUAAAAAUAAAGUCAAUACAAUCACUAACUUUUCUUUGUAUAUAUUAUUUUAUGGUAUAGACAAGUAUUACUAAUUGAUUUAAUUCUCAGUAUGCUGCUCUUCAGUGAAAGGAAAAUUACAGCUUACAUUUUUUCCUCCUACUCUGUCUUACAGUGUUUUAAUGUUUGUGUGUUCUUUAUAAAUUUAAAUGACUUGUGAUUGAAUUGUUUUCAAUAUUAGUAUGUAUAUAAACAUGGUAGUAUGGCCAUUUUUUCACAUGAGUAUAAAUAAAAUAGUAUUUUUGAAAAAUAUAA